CUAAACCUCUUUGCACCAGGGGUCCCUCCGCGCCAGCAGCUAAUGCCUGUUAGCUUGUCGGUGGUUAGCAGCUACGUACGCAGUCAGUUGUGGUAGAAUGAGCCCGACAGGAGUCAGGUCAGUUGACAUUUCAACCCCCACACGGACGCUGCACAUCAAUCUGGGACGUUUCUGAAGCCGAACCGCCGCGAGUUUGACUCUUAAUGCCUCGAAAACACCGGUGAAAAUCUUUUGUUGUGUUUUCAAGCUAAUUAGCUAGCUAGCCUCCGGGAUGACUUGACGACCGCAGCCUCUGACUUCCUCGACCGGUCCCUGCAUCACUGCAGCUCAGUCAGAUAGAACGACUCCUCCACAUCGUACCAUCUGCGUAGGGCUGACCCCCCACCACAUCCUUCUAACAACCUGUGAGUGAACGGUGCUCGCGCCACAGAAGAUCCUCUGCCAACGUCCUUCAACAAAGAGAGACGAUGUAUUGUCUACAGUGGCUGCUCCCCGUGCUGCUCAUCCCCAAACCGCUCAACCCAGCGCUGUGGUUCAACCACUCCAUGUUCAUGGGCUUCUACCUGCUCAGCUUCCUGCUGGAGAGGAAGCCGUGCACCAUCUGCGCCUUGGUCUUCCUCGCUGCCCUUUUCCUCAUCUGCUAUAGCUGCUGGGGCAACUGCUUCCUGUACCACUGCCAGGACGCCGCGCUGCCGGACGCUGCCCACGACCCAGCCAUAGUCGGAACCUAGGAGGGUAAAGACGGGGAGAGAUAUCGGGGGGGGGAGGGUGAAGGGUGAUGAGGCUUUACUGUAGAAUGAUACUGCCAUGAUAUAAGAGGGGACGGACCACACUUUUGGGGGUCGGAGAGUGGUGAGGUGGCGCUGAAUGGAGGCUGGAGGGUUGUUCUGCUGAAAAUACAGAACACUGUCACAGAGGCUGUGGGGGGGGGUUGUUUUUUUAUGCUGUCAAGAGAAACUGACUUAAAUCUGAGGUGGUCGGAGGAGAGGAGGGAGAAGCUACAUCGGAGGAGACGUGGACGAGAGACGGCAGCGUAGAAACUUGAAAUGUGCAGACACGUACACACGGACACGUGUUGACUUGAGGAGAGAAACAUUUUAUUUUCUGAAUCUUUCAUUCCAGCAUUUGAAUGAAAACCAGACGAUAUUAAUAAAUAAAUAUAUAUAUAUAUAAAUAAAAAUACAUAAAUACACCACAGGUGACACAGGGGUCAUUGUGGCCGCUGUGUUUCAGGUUUCAGUUUUCUGCUUCCUCUCUACUUCAACCAGAACUUCUCCAAAAACCUGCAGGGUCGUUGUUUGAGAAGGAUUCGACGGCCUCAGUCCGCCUGACCCCGAGGAAAUCUCCAGACGGAGCUCAGGCGAUUCGAGUUUUCACGCUCAGUCCUCACAGUUGUCCGCAAGCUUUCUGUACCUGGUGGAGUCGGCCUGCCUCUCAGAGUCCAACCUUUCCCAACUCUCUCUGCACACGUAAUGCUACCCUUCACAAGGAGAGCACACUGGACAAUCAAUAACUGCUGUGAAUAAUUCCUCCUUUGCCGCAUUGCCACACACACACGUACACACACAACUCAGACGGCGUAAUAAUGCUGAGGAACUGUCCCGUCGUUAUUACCCAGCGUGCACUGCAGCUGCUCCUCCGCUCAUCUUACUCCUCCCGCCUUCGAGGGAACGUCCCCGAUCCGCCAGACUUACGAUUUGAUCUUUAUUUGUUCUUUUUGGUGUUUUUUUUUGUUUUUUUUUAAAUCACGCAUGGGUUGACGUUAUUUUUUUCGUUUCAUGUGUUAAGUUCACACACAGAUUUUAGUGAGUUUAAAGAAAAUGCCGAACGUUUCCAAAGGGUAUAAAAAUCUCUCUGUGUGUGUGUGUGUGUGUGUGAAUGUGUGUGUGUGUGUGUGUGAGUGAAUGUGUGUGAGUGUGUGAAUGAAAGGUUUGUGUGUUGUGUGAUCAAGUCAUGCUGAUGUGCGCAAAAAAAACCACGUUGACGCAUGGAAACAAGCAGCAGGGGGCAGUAUUUCCAGCAAAAAUAAGCAAUACAGAGUGCUGGCUGCAGAAACUCCGUUAUCAACAAGUUUACUGUGUGUGUGUGUGUGACUGCUCUAAGUGUUAUGAUUACCUGUUGGACACAGGCUACGGUGUUUAUACUGUGUACCUAAUGGUGUGUGUGUGUGUAGCCUUGUGUAGCAGUGCACAUCAUGCUCACUGCUACCUGAUUGCUUUGGUUUUAAUUUAAAUAAAGUUUUUUCCUCUCAACAUG